AUGAACGCUCUCCUGGAUUACGGUUCAUCUUCUAGUGCUUCUGAAGAAGAAAGCGGUGAUGAAGAAAUAAUUAAACCAGAAGAUCACACAGAUGAUAAGCCUAAGUUACCAAAACCUGUGCUGGGAGAGAGCAGUCUUCACACAUCAGUGUUUUCAAAUCCAUUUGCUGCAGCUGAAAUAGCGAAAUCUGCUAUACUAGAAAAACAUGUGAAAAUGGUUUCAGGUAAAGACAAUACCCAAAUGAUUAAUGGAAAGAAAAUAUGUUGGAAUUAUAGAAAAGGUAAAUGUCGUUUUGGACAUAAUUGCAAAUAUGCACAUGACUCGGACAUACAAAAAUCAGCUGAGGAGCUAGAGGCUGAGAAACAGAAUUUAAAAACAGUUGUUUGUGAGGGUGCUGGCACAAUGUCUUCCGCGCCACCACCACAAGUUGUCUUGGAGGCAUCCCUCGCAACAGACGAUGAAAGUUGGGAGGGAAAGUCAUGUAAGAAGAAAAAACGUCCCGGUUUAACUCAAGGUCUCAUUCCUGGACAGAAAGUCAUGAAAUUGUAUAAGGAACAAAGAAUAAAAGAUGCUCAAAAAUAA